GGGGGGUCCCCCUUAGAAGCUUCAAGAGGAACGUCAACAGCAGCAGCAACAGCGGCGGCUUGUGAGGUAAAUAUUAAAACAAUUAAACAUUCGCAUUUUUUUUUAAUUAGUAAAAAAACAGAUCGAAGAUGCUGCGAGCGAUGCUCGUCGCGGCGUUGCUGGGGGCGCUGGCGUGCGAGGCGGCGCGCGGCAAGGGAGACAGAGGCGACCGCUUGGACGAAGACGACGAACCAGUGAAGCUUCCUAACAAGUGUGAGGUGUGCAAGUUCCUCGCCGUGGAGCUGACCAAGUCGUUUGAGGAGACGGGGAAGUCUCACGACGUCCUGGAGACGCAGUCCGGCUUCGUGGACAAGCCCCGGCACAAGAUCAAGUACCGUCACUCGGAGACGCGCUUAAUUGAGGCGACGGAGGACGUGUGCAACCGCUUGCUUGAGUACAACGUGCACAAGGAGCGCGACGGGAGCAACCGGUUUGCCAAGGGCAUGAGCGAGACAUUUCAGACCCUGCACGGACUUGUGCACAAGGGGGUGAAGGUGGUGAUGGACAUCCCCUACGAGCUGUGGAAUGAGACGUCGGCAGAGGUCGCCGACCUGAAGAAACAGUGCGACAUGAUGAUGGGCGAAUACGAGGAGGUGAUCGAGGAUUGGUACUGGCACCACCAGCAGGAAGACCUCAAGGUGUUCCUGUGUGAGAAGCACAUCCUGCGUGGCCAGGAUAAAGCGUGCCUCUCGGAGGAGUGGACCGAGCGCAAAGGCGACGACGCCGGCGCCGGCUCCGCCUCCAAAUCGCAGGGCAAGAAGAAGAAGAAGCGACAGCAGCAGCAGCAGCAGCAGCAGGAGGAGGAACGGCCGACGAGCGGCAACGCGGACGAACCGGCGGGGGCGGCGGCCGAGGGGUCGGAGGCACGGCAAGCCGCGGAGGACGCGAGCCGCAAGUCGCCCGAUGAGCUCUGAUCAAACCGCUUGCGUUGGACCCCCUCCCACACACACACACAGGUGUCAGCGUCUCCUGGGGAAAGACGGAGAACUUCUUCGGGCAUUUGGCGGCUCUGGGGAUUGGUGGUGGGAGUGUGGGGGUUGCGGGGGCGGGGGCGAGGAGAGUUCCUGAAAAUGUCAUUCCUCUGACCCCGCAGUAACAGUGACGUGCCCACAGCUAGUCGAACCGCGCGGGGUCUUCUGUGUGUGUGUGUGUUGUGGUGGGCUAAAGCGUUGGGACUCCCCCUUCCCCCCCUCUCCCAUUCCCUCACCCCCUCAAAAUCGCUCCGACCUCUGACCCACCCGGCAGUAACAAUAACAUCCACAGCCGAACCGCCAGCAGGUCGUGUGUGUGUGUGUGUGGUGGGGUCAAGUGUUGGCACUCCCCCCACCCCCACCCCCAGCUCAUUCCCCAGUGGCGGUGAAGCGCCGAUCCCUCGCCGCCGGCGGCGGUGAAGCGCCGAUCCAACGCCGCCGGUGGCGGCUGCGGCCGGCAAGCUCCUACCGGGAGGAGUCCCUUUUACCUUCACAGAUUGAAUCUCCAUCUCUUGCCCAGGAGCCCACUGGGAUAUUUCGGCAUCUCCCCCCAUCCCCCCCCCCCCACCACCAUUCCCUCCCUCACCCCAUCGCCGCCCCCCCCCCCCGCCCCCCCAAGACAAUCGUCCCCACAAUGCCGUGCAACCUACACCCACAGUGCACUUGGGGAGGGGGUCUGGCCCACUGUCGCGGGCUGGAGAGGGGGGGGGGAAAGCCCUGCGUGGUAUUUCUGGCCCCAUGUGCGUGGGGGUUUUGUGAUUUUGUUUAGUUGGUGCGUGUACGUAGAGUUGAGUAGAUCGAACAAAAACAUUAUUAUUUUUUGCAUUCGACAGCAGUUGGUCUGCGAUUUGUGAAAUGCGUUUCCCCCUCCCCCCCCCCGUGUCUCCUGUCUGUCUAAUGUCCCCUCAUUGUCUCCUGUCUGUCUGUCUAAUGUCCCCUCAUUGUCUCCUGUAGUCUGUCUAAUGUCCCCUCAUUGUCUCCUGUCUGUCCUCUCAUUGUCUCCUGUAGUCUGUCUAAUGUCCCCUCAUUGUCUCCUGUCUGUCUAUUGUCCCCUCCGUGUCUCCUGUCGUCUGUCUCGUGUCCCCUCCGUGUCUCCGUGUCCCCACGCACCUCCGAUUUUAUCACGGUUGACUACGUACGGCACGAAAGACGUUCACCGCACACACGAAUGCACGCACACACGCACACACACACACACACGUGUGCACGCACACACACGUGUUGCAUGUUUGCCCCGGAUUUUAGUUUCCAAAAAAAAUCUCGCUUGUGUUUUUUGUGUUUAAACGCGGGCUGUUCAUCUUAACUCUAAUUUGUUGUCUUAACGGAGGGUUGCCGAAGCGAUUUUUGUCCACGCCGCGUCACUUCGCUCCACCGCCGCUAUUUAUUUUCCCGAUUCCUUGCGACGCGACCGCGUAAGGCGGAACGCUUUUUUUAAACUCUCGAGAGGAGAGAGACUUUUACACGGUGGAACCCGGCGGCUUGGGGCGGCGGCGGCAGUGCAAUAUCUCCCACCACCCCCACCCCCCCCAAGCCCCGCUGGUUGACGGAAGCGAGAGGCGGGGGAUACGUGCGACUGAUUCGGGCGCCGCUCCUCCUCCUAGCGGUACCUUCUUACAAUCCCUCAGUCGCCGCCGCUCCUCGCGGUACCUUCUUACAAUCCCACAGUCGCCGCUCCUAGCGGUACCUUCUUACAAUCCCACAGUCGCCGCUCCUCCUAGCGGUACCUUCUUACAAUCCCGCAGUCGCCGCCGCUCCUAGCGGUACCUUCUUACAAUCCCAGUCGCCGCCGCUCCUAGCGGUACCUUCUUACAAUCCCUCAGUCGCCGCCCCUCCUCCUAGCGGUACCUUCUUACAAUCCCGCAGUCGCCGCCGCUCCUCGCGGUACCUUCUUACAAUCCCUCAGUCACCGCUCCUAGCGGUACCUUCUUACAAUCCCUCAGUCACCGCUCCUAGCGGUACCUUCUUACAAUCCCACAGUCGCCGCUCCUCCUAGCGGUACCUUCUUACAAUCCCGCAGUCGCCGCCGCUCCUCGCGGUACCUUCUUACAAUCCCACAGUCGCCGCCGCUCCUCGCGGUACCUUCUUACAAUCCCACAGUCACCGCCGCUCCUCCUUGCGGUACCUUCUUACAAUCCCAGUCACCGCCGCUCCUAGCGGUACCUUCUAACAAUCCCACAGUCGCCACUCCUCCUAGCGGUACCUUCUUACAAUCCCUCAGUCGCCGCUCCUCCUCACGGUACCUUCUUACAAUCCCUCAGUCGCCGCUCCUCCUCACGGUACCUUCUUACAAUCCCGCAGUCGCCGCCGCUCCUCACGGUACCUUCUUACAAUCCCACAGUCACCGCUCCUCCUAGCGGUACCUUCUUACAAUCCCUCAGUCACCGCUCCUCCUAGCGGUACCGUCUUACAAUCCGACAGUCACCGCCGCUCCUAGCGGUACCUUCUUACAAUCCCGCAGUCGCCGCCGCUCCUCCUAGCGGUACCUUCUUACAAUCCCGCAGUCGCCACUCCUCCUCACGGUACCUUCUUACAAUCCGACAGUCGCCGCCGCUCCUAGCGGUACCUUUUUACAAUCCCACAGUCACCGCUCCUCCUAGCAGUACCUUCUUACAAUCCCAGUCACCGCCGCUCCUAGCGGUACCUUCUAACAAUCCCAGUCACCGCCGCUCCUCCUAGCGGUACCUUCUUACAAUCCCUCAGUCACCGCCGCUCCUCCUAGCGGUACCUUCUUACAAUCCCACAGUCACCGCCGCUCCGAGCGGUACCUUCUUACAAUCCCAGUCACCGCUCCUCCUCACGGUAUCUUCUUACAAUCCCACAGUCGCCGCCGCUCCUCCUAGCGGUACCUUCUUACAAUCCCGCAGUCGCUCCUCCUAGCGGUACCUUCUUACAAUCCCACAGUCGCCGCCGCUCCUCCUAGCGGUACCUUCUUACAAUCCCGUAGUCGCCGCCGCUCCUCCUAGCGGUACCUUCUUACAAUCCCGCAGUCGCCGCCGCUCCUCCUAGCGGUACCUUCUUACAAUCCCGCAGUCGCCGCUCCUCCUAGCGGUACCUUCUUACAAUCCCUCAGUCGCUCCUCCUCACGGAACCUUCUUACAAUCCCACAUUCGCUUCUCCUAGCGGUACCUUCUUACAAUCCCACAGUCGCCGCCGCCAAAGUCGGUGACGUAGUUAGGAAAUUCGCGCUCGCAACGCAACAAGCGACGGCCGUCAGGUGGUCUGUUGCCGAGGCUGAGUUGUUGUUGUUGAAAGGUUUUGAAAUGGGUGUAGGCCCCAAGGGUCGUGAAGAAGUGGCCCGGGGCUAGCGACGUUACCGGGCGAAGUCGGCACGACGGGGCCGCUUGGCGUCGUGUUGCGCCCGCAACGUCGCGAUUAGUUUUUAUUGUUGUCCUGCCCGCUACGCGAGUUGACUUCACACGCAGAAUCAAGGUUCAAACGAAACUGUUUUAACGUUUCGAUUUGAAGCUUUCGUGACUGCAGGGAUUCGUGUUCAAGUCACGUAGAAGGUAAAACAAAAUGAUAAAAAUAUAAAAAAAAUUAAUUGUUUAAUAUUUUUUAUUGUUUCACUUCUACGUGACUUUACCGAAAGAACCAAGAAUAUGUUUUAACGUUACCCGGUGUGGAAGGCGUGGAAGGGAAACAAUACAAUAAUACAAAUAUAAAACAAUAAAAUUGUUUUAUAU